AAGCGGAACUACAGUCAGACAUCCGUGAGCUCUGUCCGGAUCACAGUUAGAAACGGAAGCGGCUUCCUGUUUGAACCGGAAGCCGGAGCAGCUCUCGGUGCAACCCCCCGUGUAGUUCGUGUCUGUGGGUCGGAUCAGACUGGACUCGCGGUUCUUUCCUCCGGGCCUUCUGUCCUCUGAGUAACCGCUUAGAGCGGCUCGAGGUCCAGCUGAUGGUCGGCAGGGCUCCGCGGCCUGUCAGCCCGCAGGAUGAGCUUCUCCGCCGGCCUGCACACACAGCUGGCCGCCGUCAUGGAGUCCCUCGUCCACGCUGCAGUGGCGGAGCUGAAGAAGCUGGUGGAGGCCGGAGAGGAGCCUACUCUGCCGGCCAGAGAGAGGACGGAGAGCCACGAGAGGAUGGUGCUGUUCGCCUCCAUCAUGGAGACUCUGGGGAACGAGGCUCUGGGGAAGAUCCUCAACCUGCUGGAUGAAGUCGGGCUGACGGUGGAGCCGCCAUCGGGCCGCGGCACCCGGCGACUGCAGACGAGCAUGCUCAACGUGCUCAGCAACGCCCACAUCGAGCUUGAGCACUCGUACGGACUCCGGCAGCAGGGCAGCGACUCGGCCACGCCCCCUCAGGUCAGUUCGAAGGAGGAGGAGGAGGAGACGCCGCUGGUGCUGGCGGUCACCAUUAAGGACGAGCACGGGAACAUCGACCUGGGCGCCAUCGCAGAGAGAGCCGAGGUGGAGGCGGCCCCGCCGGACGAGUCGGAGCAGCCGCUUUCCCCAUCGAAGGUGGCGAGCCCAGGGGGCUUCGUGCUGGAGAGCGUCACCUGGAAGUACUUCACAUGCACGGCGUGCGGGAAGUCCUUUUCGUCUCAGAGCAACCUCAAGACGCACCUGCGCGUGCACACGGGAGAAAAGCCAUUCUUGUGCAGCGUGUGCGGCCGCGCCUUCCGCCAGCGGCAGGGCAUGCAGAGCCACAUGCGCACACACACGGGCGAGCGGCCCUUCGAGUGCCCGCAGUGCGGCAAACGCUUCUCCAAGCAGGGUCAACUGAAGGCGCACGCCGUCGUGCACACGGGCGAGAAGCCACACACCUGCGACCAGUGCGGCCGCCGCUUUAAUCUGCCGCAGAACCUGCAGCGCCACAAGCGGACGCACGCAGGCGCCAAGAUCUUCGUGUGCAAGGCGUGCGGGAAGGGCUUCACACGCGCCGUCACGCUGCGCACGCACCAGCUGAUCCAUAGUGGCCAGAAGCCGUUCAGGUGUGAGCAGUGCCACAAAGCAUUCCGGCACGCCGUCAACCUCAGGAACCACCAGCGCACACACAGCGGCGCCCGCCCCUUCGCCUGCGACCUCUGUGGGAAGAGCUUCCGGCAGGCGGUGAACCUCAAGAUCCACCGCCGCACACACACGGGCGAGCGGCCAUUCUGCUGCCGCCAGUGCGGGAAGACGUUCAGCCAACAGAGCAGCCUGAUCUCGCAUGGGCGCACGCACUCCGGCGAGAAGCCGUUCGCGUGCGGUGCAUGCGACAAGAAGUUCAACAACAGCAACAGCCUGAAGCUGCACACGCGGGUGCACACGGGCGAGAAGCCGUACGCCUGCGACGUCUGCGGCAAGAGCUUCAGCCAGGGCAGCCACCUGCGCACGCACAAGCGCCACCUGCACGCCGGCGGGAAGCAGUAUAUCUGCGACCGCUGCGGCAAACGCUACGCCGACCAGCGCAACCUGAAACUGCACAAGUGCGGCUACGCCUGAAGGGUUUGGACGGCUUGUGUGUGCAGAGGGCGGGGCCUCUGAUUCGGCAAACAGACUCUGGCUGUUCCUUACACUGAUUGGUCGCAAUCUGAGUCCUUGGAUUUUCUUGAUGUUUUAUGAUUUUGAAGGAAAUUUUUUCAUGUUUCAGAGACACGAUGGACUGCAGACACCUGUGCAGGAGCACACCUGUCCACCUGCUGCCUUAAUGGGAUGGCGCGCCGCUUCAGCUUACGCAUGACGUCAUCACUGAGGUCACUGUGCACACUGAUAGUACUCAGAUGUCAACUUUAAUUUGAAAAGGUUUUGAUGACAUGAAGUGACCUUUCAAAAUAAAAUAAGUUUAUUUUUGUUCUGAAAUGUUUGUUUAUGAUUUUUAUGAAGUGACGUAAGAAGACAAACAUCCUGCAGGACGGAUCCAUGAAUAAUAAAAAUAAUUAUAAUGAUCAA